AUGCCUGGGUAUGCAAAGUUCACGAAGGACUUGGUGACCAAAAAGAGGGUUGUCAGUUCUGAGAAUGAUGAGAGCUUGCAGCAUUGUAGUGCCAUUUCUACGAGGUCACUGGUGCAAAAGAAGAAGGAUCCUGGAGCUUUCACUAUUUCAUGUACCAUCGGUAAGAUGCACUUUGUGAAAGCUUUGUGUGAUUUGGGUGCCAGCAUUAACUUGAUGCCAUUAUCGAUUUAUAAGAAGUUGGAUUUAGGAGCUCUAAAACCAACUGCAAUGCAUUUACUCAUGGCUGAUAGAACUGUGAAAAAGCCCAUUGGAGUGCUUCAAGAUGUCCUUAGGAAAGUAAGACCGUUCAUUUUUCCUGCAGACUUUCUUAUACUUGAUUGCGAGGUUGACUUUGAGGUCCCCCUUAUCUUAGGGAGACCAUUCCAUGCUACUAGGCAUGCCUUAGUCGAUAUGGAGAGAGGGCAGAUGAAGUUUCUACUUAAAAAGGAGAAGGUGACCUUUAACGUCUACACUUCUAUGAGAAGUGAAACAAGCGAAGACGCUACCGAUGAUAUCCAAGAAGCUCAACCUGUUGAAGCAACUACAUCAGAAGAUACUCUGAGAAAGGCGGAGGAUUUCCUCCGAGAAUUAAAGGAAAAAGACAAAUUGUAA